CGGCAGUUGGUCGUGCUGGUCUUCGUGGUCAAAGUGCUCGGUGACGUGUGGUGGAGGGCACUACAUGAGGACUCGAACCUGCAGCAACCCCCCCCCUGAGUACGGAGGGGACAUCUGCCUGGGCCUGCACACUGAGGAGGCUCUGUGCCACACACAGUCCUGUCCAGAGAGCUGGUCCAAAUGGUCCGAGUGGUCCCACUGUGAGUCCAACGGGGCGCAGACGAGGGUCCGUCACUGCGACGUCCUGUUCCCCACCGGAAACCAGUGCUCAGGGAACAACAGUGAGACCCGGCCCUGCCCCCCCGACUCUAACUUAAUACCAGAAAUCUCGAUUGCACGCUCCAGUCAGGAGGAGAGGCGCUGUGGAGACUUCAACCUCUUCCACAUGAUCGCUGUGGGGCUGAGCAGCUCCGUACUGGGAUGUCUGGUCACUUUACUGGUUUACUCUUACUGUCAGCGCUACACCCAGCAGGCGCACGAAUCCACCAUCAUCCACCCCAUCUCAGCGGCUCCGCUCAACACCAGCAUCACCAACCACAUCAACAAACUGGACAAAUACGACUCGGUGGAAGCCAUCAAGGCCUUCAACAAAAACAAUCUGAUUCUGGAGGAAAGAAAUAAGUACUUUAACCCUCAGCUUGCCGGGAAGACCUAUACCAACGCAUACUUCACCGACCUUAACACCUACGAUGAUUAUUAAGCCGGAUUCGGCCCUUCAGACUCUCCCCCUGUCAUCCAUUUUAGUUUUUUGUGCUUUGUAUUGAGAUUUGUGACACCAUGUGCGGGACAUUCCCACUCUCAGACUCUACGGCAGCUGUAUAAUGAAAACAGACACACAGUGUUGCCACAGAGGGAAAUCCCACUUCCUCUCAGGUACACUCGGAAAACUACAUUUUUUGGGGACAAAUCUUGCCUUGACUCUCGCUGAGAAACUGGAUUUCCAAGAAAAAGGGAAGAAUACAAGCAAAGAGACUUCGGGGAAUGGGAUCCCCUUUUAACUUUCCUGUGACGCCUCUCAAACAGACCUGUAUUUGUAACGAUGGGAAAUAACCACAAACUGCUUUUGCAUGACUUCAUCUGACGUGUUUUUUCUGUUUCGUUUUUGCAUGGUUGAUUGCAUUCCUCAGUUAGAAGACUUGCAAGCAGUUUCUUAGCUGGUUUUGGAAGUCAUAACAACAAAGACUUUGGAGAUGUCUGAUGGCUUUUACCAUGUCCUGCUGCAGCAACCCAAAGGUCCUAAAAUCAGGAUGUAGAUAUUUGAAGUCUGUGGUCGAGUUUGUCCAUUUUCCUUUCUGUUUCAGGCUCUAGCGGCUCGCAGUAUUUGAUCAUUCAGUUUAUUUUGCCUUUUAAGCUUUUUAAGGUGCAUAUGUUUUGUACAGGAUGUUAAGUUUGAAGCCUAUGUCUGUAGUUUUUUUUAAUACAUUUACUCAAUGUCUCAAGUAAAGAAUAAAACAUGUCCUUUUAAAAAGAAAAAGCUUAUGUGCAUUCUGACAAAAGAAAUCAGGAGUUAUCAUAUCAGCCGGCAUCAAGCUCACCGUACUUUUUUAUAUUUUUUGUAAAAAAAAAGAAACAAUGUUUUUGAAUUUUGAUAGUGUUUCGCUAUUCCUUUGGCUUCUGAGUUAAAAAUGUAAUUUGUGAGAGCAGGAUGUUCAUAGCAUUUACUGUACAGACGGAGCGUAGCAAAUACUACUCUCCCAACCUAGAGUGCUACCCAUUGACUGUAAGAUGAAACUCAUUCAUCAAGUUUCUGUUUAACCGAAUAUGAGGUUAUUCAAUGGUUCAGUUGCAACUAACUAUUUUUACAUGUUUGCUUGUGUUACUGUGCAUAAAUUAAAGACUGCUUCGUACACAAAUGA